UAAUAAUUCCAACCGUUAGGAAUGAACCGCUAAUUAUUCUGGUGUACGAAGCGUUGCCAAAAUGAACCACGCACACUUCUCCGAAUCCCACGAGCUCCUGCAACUACUUCGCCCUAAUCCCCAUUCUCGAUUCCCAAUCCAAAGGAUUUUGGGACCUUUUCUUAGACGAGCAGCAUAAUUCUCAGUUCUCAGUGGAGCCAUGAAUUCGAGAAGGGACUAUCGCAGCAACAGAGCUGCUCUGUUUGAUGGCAUUGAGGAGGGUGGGAUUCGGGCCUUGUCCUACUCUCACGAAAUUGAUGAGCAUGAAAAUGAUCAAGCUAUUGAAGGACUGCAAGAUAGAGUUAAUUUUCUAAAGAGAUUGACUGGUGAUAUUCAUGAAGAAGUGGAGAGUCACAACCGUACGCUCGACAGAAUGGGAAAUGAUAUGGAUGCGUCUAGGGGAAUCCUUUCUGGAACCGUGGACAGAUUCAAGAUGGUUUUUGAGAACAAAUCGAGUCGUCAAAUGGCUACCAUUGUGGCAUCCUUCGUUGCUCUCUUCUUGCUCAUAUAUUACAUGACCAAGUAACUCUUUGUUGCAUCCAACUUCGACGCUACUUGCUGUAGCUUUUUAAGAACAUAAGAUACACACCCUUGCUCUACUUCUGAAGUUAUGUUGGGAUUUUCGUGCCGAUACCGAUACUACAUCUUUGUGUAAUAUAUAAUGCAUUUUGAUACAAGUCAGAUUAGAUCUGUUAUUUUGUAAAUAUUAUGAGUGCUGAAGAUUGUAAUUAUCUGUUACUGUAAUUACAAAAGUUGCUGAUGUUUUCUCAUGCUACAUUUGUUUA